CCGGGACAGAAUCCGGCGCCCUGACCGGGACUAGAACCUAGUGUGCCGCCACCACAAGGCGGAGGAUUAGCCUAUUGAGCCGCGGCGCUGGCCGGUGUUCUGUAGCUUUAAACGUUUAUUUAUUUUCACCUACUUGAAAGGCAGGGAAUAAAUGUGGAGGGAGGAGGUUAGAAAUGGAUUUUCUGUCUGCUGGUUCACUCCCCAAAUGACUGCAGCAGUUGGUGCCAGACUGAAGCAUCUGGGCUCCCAUGUGGGUGACGGGCUCAAGCACUUGAGCCACUACCUGCUGCCUUGCAGCAUGCAUUAGCAGGAAGCUGGAUCAGAAGUGGAGCGGCCAGGUAGAACCAGCACCUGUAUGGGUAUUGGCCUUACAGAAUGCAUUAGCAGGAAGCUGGAUCAGAAGUGGAGCGGCCAGGUAGAACCAGCACCUGUAUGGGUAUUGGCCUUGCAGCAUGCAUUAGCAGGAAGCUGGAUCAGAAGUGGAGCGGCCAGGUAGAACCAGCACCUGUAUGGGUAUUGGCCUUACAGAAUGCAUUAGCAGGAAGCUGGAUCAGAAGUGGAGCGGCCAGGUAGAACCAGCACCUGUAUGGGUAUUGGCCUUACAGGCAGAAGCUUCACCUGCCAUGCCACAACAGCGGCUCUUUUUGCCUAUUUUGUUUUAUUUUUAUUUAUUUAGUUUUAAGAUUUAUUCACUUAUUUGAAAGACAGAGUUGCAGAGAAAGAAGGAGAGACAGAAAGGGAGAGAGAGAGAGAGCGAGAGAGGGAGAGAAAGAGAAAGAUUCCAUCUGCUGGAUCAAUUCCCAAAUGGCCACAACAGCCAGAGCUGGGCCGAUCAGGAGCCAGGAGCUUCUUCCAGGCCUCCCACGUGGGUGCAGGGGCCCAAGCACUUGGGUCACCUUCCACUGCCCUCUCAGGUGCUUUAGCAGGAAGUGGAUCAGAAGUGGGACAGACAGAACUUGAACCAGUGUUCAUAUGGGAUGCUGGCAUCACCCAUUAUGCCGCAGCACUGGCCUCCAUUUGCCUAUUUUAAAAUCUUUUUAUUAUUGGAUUUUAUUUUGUUUGAAGAUUUAUUUAUUUGUUUGAAAGUCAGAGUUACAGAGAGAGAGAGAGAGAUAUCUUCCAUCUACUGGUUCACUCCCUAGAUGACUACAGUGGCAGGACUGGGCCCUGCCCAAGCCAGGAGCUUCUUCAGGUCCUCCAUGUUGGUAGCAGAGGCUCAAGCACUUAGGCCAUCUUCUGCUGCUUUUUCCAAGCCAUUAGCAGGGAGCUGGGUAGGUAGUGGAGCAACCAGUUCACAAACCAGCACCUAUUUAGGAUGCCAGCAUUGCAGGUGGAGGCUUUACCUGCUAUACUACAUGCUGGCUCCUUAUUAUUAGAUUAUAAGAUAGUCCUUUAUAUGUUCUGGGUACAGUUCUCUUCUCAGAUAUAGGAUGAGCAAAUAUUUUCUCCCAUUUGUGGGAGACUUUUUAAAGAUUUGUUUUUAUUUAUUUAUAUUUAUUUUUAUUUGACAGGUAGAGUUAUAGACAGUGAGAGAGAGAGACAGAAAGGUCUUCCUUCCGUUGGUUCACUCCCCAAAUGGCCGCUACGGCCGGCGCUGCGCCAAUCUGAAGCCAGGAGCCAGGUGCUUCCUCCCAGUCUCCCAUGUGGAUGCAGGGACCCAAGCACUUGGGCCAUCCUCCACUGCCCUCUCGGGCCACAGCAGAGAGCUGGACUGGAAGAGGAGCAACCGGGACUAGAACCCGGCACCCAUAUGGGAUGCUGGUGCUGCAGGCAGAGGAUUAACCAAGUGAGCCACGGCACUGGCCCCUUGUUUUUAUUUAUUUAAAAAGCACAGUUACAGAGAGAGAGAGAGAGAGAGAGAGCGAGCGAGUGAGCAGGAGAGACAGAGAUCUUCCAUCUACUGUUUCACUCUCCAAAUAGUCCCAAUGUCUAGGGCUGGGUCAGCCUGAAGCUAGCAGCUUUUUCUGGAUCUCUCAUGUAGGUGUAGGGGCCCAGACACUUGGGCCGUCUGCUGCUUUCCCAGGCCAUUAGCAAGGAGCUAGAUUGGAAGUGGAGCAGCCAGGACUUGAACCUGCACCCAUAUGGGAUGCCAGUGUCUCAGGUGGCGGCUUUUUCCACUCUACCACUAUGCCGGCCCUAUCAUGUGACGACAGUGUUUGCUUUUCAUGAAAUCAGAGAGCUCAUCCUGACUGCAUGUACAGGCGUGAGUCUCAGGGCCACUAUGGAAACGCAGGACAGUGCUGCAGAUGAGAGAGGAUGGCUUCCACGCAGGCGUUGAUUGGAUUGGUGAGGAGGUCCCGGAAGGUGUGAGGUGGGUCUGGACACAGUUGAAGGAACGAGGUGAAGGAGACGGGGGUGAAGGAUGGCUGCUGGGAUGCCAGCUUGAACACUUUUGGUUGAAGUUUGGUUUUACUGUCACCUGAUAAAGAAUUGUGACAGUUUUUAAUUCCUCCUGGAGCCUGGCCAGGUGUUCCCUGUGCUUCCUUCUAAGACAUUUAGAAGUUUUGGGGGCAGUAUUAUUGCUGAUUGUGCCAAGGACAUGGUUCUAGGGUUUCUGAGCCUCCAUAAUGCUCGUUAAAGCUUCCUAAAUCACCAGAAAUGAACACACACAGCCAGAAUAGGGUGCCUGCUGUGCAGAUGCAGUUUUGAGCAGAUCCUGGCUCCCUUCUGCUGACUGCAGUCUCAAAGCCCUGCUGUACAGAGAUUAUAGAGCUGUCAGUGAAUAGUAUUGUAUCAAGCAAAUGAAUUUCUGAAAGCCAAAUGUGAUAAUUUGACAGGGCUAUAUUGAAGAAAAAGACUUUUAAAGGAACAAAUAACACUGGCUGACAUUGGAGAAGUGCUUGGUACUUCUACUUGCUUGCUGGGAGACCCCACCGGCUAAAGCAGAUGAGAAGGUGCUGCCGGGGUUCAGGUGUGUCCCCAGGAUUCCCCAGUGCUAUGUUAGUGCCAGUUGGAGGCGGGGCCCCGGGAGGUAAUUAGGAUUAGAUGAGGCUGUGAGGGUGCAGCCCCCAUGGUUGCAUUAGUGACUUUAUAAAAAAAAUUAAAAGACCCAAGCUAGCAAGCCAUCUCUCUCCCCACCUUGGAACUCUGCGGAGUCCCCACAGCAACGAGGAGGUCACCAGAUGCAGCCUCUGAACUAUGAGCCAAAUAACCCUUCAUUCAGUCUGUGGUAUCGUUAGAGCAAGAGGAAACAUAGAUGUAUGCCUUCCAGAGGCAAGGAGUAGAGUGUGGAGACCAGGAGGUGAGAGACCGGAAGUGCAGUUAGAAGCUGUUCAUCAGAGCUAGAGACUCUGGGGCUGCAAGGACGGGCGGAGGCCAGAUCCCCGAGGCUCUUAUGAGACGCUCUUGGGCUUGGUCCCGAGGAAGAUGGAGACCAUUGAGGAGUGUGAGGCAGGGGAGGGAUGAGGCCUGUUUUGCCCGUGCCUAAGAGGGGACUGAGGGACAGGUGGGGAGCUGGGCACCAGGGAGAGCUCCAGGUGAGAGUGUGAGUGGCUUGAGCUGGGGGAAGGCAACAGGGUGCAAGGAAGAUGUCCUGGGGAGUAAAGAGGACAGACAGUGAUUGAGUGGAGAGGGCAGAAAAAAUUGGGGAAAAUGCUCCUUUCCUGGCUUGGACAGCAUGGCCAGGGGUGACACCUGUAUAGGUGAUAAAAAUAUAUAAAGUGACGUGUUCGUUUACUCUAUGUGCUACAUCUGUGAUUAAAAUUUCACUAAUCCCAUUUUCAGAUGGGAAAUACAGAUGCAGAAAGGUUAAGUGGUUUUUCCGUAGGGAGUUCUGGGCACCAUCGGUUACUCCAGCAUCAUCAGCUGUUCCACUGCCUACUUCUCCACGGUGGAAAGAGGCUCAGUGUUAGGAUAGUCGGUCUGAGACCCAAUCCAGGGCAUUGUGGAGCACAUGGGCUGGGAGGAGGACGUCUUAGCAGGAACCUAGCACAGGGCAGUGAGCCAGUGGCUGCCCGCCUCUGCCUCUGCCCACCCUGCAUACGUUUGCUCCCAGUGAGCAGGAGGGCCUGGUGCUCCAGCCUAGGGGCAGCGUGGAUUCUCCCCGUCCACUUGGGCCUCCUGGGCACCUGGCUCCCAGACUGGGCUUUCCUGUCUCCUCUGUUGCUGGGACUUUCCGGCUUGUCAGUGUCCUUUGAAAAACCACAUUUGAGGCAUACAUCAGUGUAACCAUUCUGGAAGGAAAUUUGGCAAUACUUUAAAAAAUUUCAACAUUUUCACCUCUUGAAAUAUGUACCAAGAUUACCCAUAGAGAUGUGGUGAUGUUGUUUGUGAUGGUGAAAUUUUAAACAUUUUGAUUAAGAAAAUUUUGGUUUAUCCAUACAGCAUGUUUUCUGCAGUUUUUCUUUUUUUCUUUAAAGAUUUAUUUAUUUGAAAAUCAGAGUUACAGGAGAGAGGAGAGGCAGAGAGAGAGAGAGAGGGAGAGAGAGAGGUCUUCCAUCCACUGGUUCACUUCCCAAGUGGCUGCAACAGCUGGAGCUGCGCUGAUCCCAAGCCAGGAGCCAGGAGCUUCUUCCAGGUCUCCCAAGUGGGUGCAGGGUCCCAAGGACUUGGGCCAUUCUCCACUGCCUUCCCAGGCCAUAGCAGAGAGCUGGAUCGGAAGUGGAGCAUCUGGGUCUUGAACUGGUGCCCAUAUGGGAGACCCGCGCUUCAUGUCAGAGCAUUAACCCGCUGCGCCACAGUGCUACCCACCCCCCUUUUAUAAGAUUUAUUUUAUUUAUUUGAAAGAGUUGCAGAGAGAGAUAGAACCAGAGAGAGAGGUCUUCCAUCCACUGGUUCACUCCCUAAAUGGCUGCAACGGCCAGAGCUGAGCUGAUGCAAAGCCAGGAGCCAGAAGCAGCCAUAACAGAACUGGAUUGAAAGAAUAGCAGCUGGGACUCAAACCGGCGCCCAUAUGGGAUGCUGGCACUGCAGGCGGCGGCUUUACCCGCUGUGCCACAGCACCAGCCCCAGCAAGCAUAUUUCUGCACCUGGGGUGGAGCCACACUUCUAGUUAGAGGUCUUCCCUGUUCUGGUUUUCUAUUCCUGUCAAACCUGGUGGACCUCAUAGUUCAGCUUCUCUAUUCUCACUUUAACCUGUGCUGAUCUCUCCCUCUUCUCUGUGGGACCCCUGGACUAGUACCUAAUUACUUGUGGUUUUGUGUUUCUUCAUGGUUUCAUCUGCCUCCCUGGCUAGGUCAUAAGCUACCUGUAAGCAAUAACUGUUUUUUAUACUUUUCACCCCUCCGUUGUAUUGCCCACAGUAGAAAGUAUAGGCUUAGUACAUAUUGAAGUGCAUUUUGAAUUAAGAUUUCAGGUGAUCUUAAUGACACCUGGUUUACUUUCUGUUUAAUUAAAUUGUGGCUGUAAUUUUUAAAGACAUUUAUUAUUUACUUGAGAGGCAGAGUUAGGGAGAGAGAGGGAAAGAGGAGAAAUAAGUUUUUUUUUUUUUUCUCUUUUAAGGAUCCAUUUAUUUACUUGAAAGGCAGAGUGAGAGAGAGGGGAGACAGAGAGAGGGAUCUUCCAUCCAUUAGUGCAUUCCCCAAAUGGCCUCAAUAGCCAGGGCUGGACCAGGUUGAAGCUAAGAGCCAGGAGCCUCCUCCAGGUCUCCCACGUGAGUGCAGGGGCCCAAAGACUUGAGCCAUCUUCUGCUGCUUUCCCAGGCAUACUGGCAGGGAGCUGGAUAGGAAGUGGAGCAGCCAGGACCCAAACCAUUGCCGAUGUUGGAUGUCGGCACUACGGGCAAUGGCUCAGCCUCUGGAAAUGGUUGCAACAGCCAGGUCUGAGCCAAGCUGAAGCCAAGUGGUGUCUUCAACAUGGAUGGCAAAGAUCCCAGUAUGUGGGUCAUCUGCUGCCUUCCUAGUUGCAUUACCUGGAAGUUGGAUCCGAAGUGGAGUAGCUGGAACUCAAACUGGCCUUCAGAUUUGAGAUGUCAGUAUUUUCACUCUCCAGAUGCCCACCAAGGCCAGAGCCAGGAGCUAGGUAACAGAAACCCACUCACUUGAGCCAUCCCCACUGCCUACCAGGGUCUGCGGCGUUAGCAGGAAGCUGGAGUCAGGAGCCAGAGCUGGAACUCAAGCCCAGCCCCCAGGUUUCCUUAGAUGACAAACAUCCAUUUCUGGCCUGAAGCUCGCCUGUGGAAACCUUGGCCAUGGCAUCGGUAUCAGAACCUGUUAUAUUCCGAGAAUUCUGCCCGCUGUACUCUCUCCUCAACGCCAUUCCCACCAAGAUCCAGAAGGGCUUCCGGUCAGUUGUGGUCUACCUCACAGCCCUCGACACCAAUGGGGACUACAUCGCGGUGGGCAGCAGCAUCGGCAUGCUGUAUCUGUACUGCCGGCACUUCAACCAGAUGAGAAAGUACAACUUCGAGGCAGAGUGGACAGUGAAAGAGACAGAGAGAAAGGUCUUCCUUUUCCGUUGGUUCACCCCCCAAUGGCUGCUGCAGCCGGCACACCGUGCUGAUCCGAAGCCAGGAAGCCAGGGGAAAACAGAAGCCAUCACUGUGGUGAAGCUGCUGAGCUGCUUCGAUGACCUUGUGGCAGCAGGCACCGCUUCUGGGAGGGUUGCGGUUUUUCAGCUCGUCUCUGCACUGCCAGGGAGAAACAGACAGCUUCGAAGAUUUGAUGUCAGUGGUAUUCACAAAAAUAGCAUUACAGCCCUGGCUUGGAGCCCCAAUGGAAUGAAACUGUUCUCUGGAGAUGACAAAGGGAAAAUUGUCUAUUCUUCUCUGGAUCUAGACCAGGGAGUCUGUAACUCCCACUUGGUGUUAGAAGAGCCGUCUUCCAUUGUGCAGCUGGAUUAUAGCCAGAAAGUGCUGCUCGUCUCUACCUUGCAAAGAAGUCUGCUUUUUUAUACCGAGGAAAAGUCUGUCAAGCAGAUUGGAACACAACCAAGGAAAAGUACUGGGAAAUUUGGUGCUUGUUUUAUACCAGGACUCUGUAAGCAAAGCGAUCUAACCUUGUACGCCUCGAGACCUGGGCUCCGGCUGUGGAAGGCUGACGUCCAUGGAACCGUUCAAGCCACAUUUAUCCUAAAAGAUGUUUUUGCUGGAGGUGUGAAGCCUUUUGAACUGUACCCUCGCCUGGAGCCCUCCCACAGGGGAAGUUGCAGCUUGUCUGAGAAACACCUGGGCCUUGUUUCCUGUUUCUUUCAGGAAGGCUGGGUGUUGAGUUGGAAUGAAUACAGCAUCUAUCUCCUGGACACCAUCAACCAGGCUACAAUUGCUGGUUUGGAAGGAUCAGGUGAUAUUGUGUCUGUUUCCUGCACAGAAAAUGAAAUAUUUUUCUUAAAGGGAGAUAGGAACAUUAUAAGGAUUUCAAGCAAGCCUGAAGGACUAGCAUCAAUAGUGAGAGAUGGCCUGGACGCAUCCGGAUGCUCAGAGCGAGCCCAAGCACAGCGAGUGGAGAAGCCAGCAGGGGCCACCACGUCUGAGACAAGGCUCAGGGGCUCUUCUGUGGCCAGCUCGGCAGCCAGCGAGCCCCGGAGCAGGAGCAGUUCUCUCAACUCCACCGACAGUGGCUCCGGGCUCCACACAGCUGAGCCAAGAAAGGGCAGCCAGCCCUCCUCACAGAGGUUCAGUGUCAUCAGCUCGGAAGACUUUGACCAGGAGCUUGUUGUGAAACCUAUCAGGGUGAAAAAGAAGAGGAGGAGGAAGAAGACAGAAGGUGGAACCAGAAGUACCCAUCACAGUUCGCUGGAAUCAACUCCCUGCUCUGAGUUUCCUGGUGACAGCCCGCAGUCCUUGAACACAGACCUGCUGUCCAUGAGCCCCAGUGUCCUGGGCAGCAGUGUGGAGCCAUUGAGCACAGAAUCUCCUGACCAGGAAAGCAGCCUCAGUGGUGAGAUGAACGGGGUCUUACGGGAGCAUAAUGACCCUGAAGCAUUUAGCAUCCUGGAGGUACCUGCGUCUGCCCCUGAUUUCCUGGCUGAACAAAAUGAUGUUAGAACCAACAUUCCACAGUGUGACCGCAUACAUGAGGUGGAGGCGCUCAGUGGAGGGUUGGAUUUGCCUCUGCUCUCAAGGGAAGAUGUGGGAGGUAGUGACAUCACGGGGCUCGGAGAGGAGCCUCUUCCCGUGGAUGAUGGACUGAACAUUGAGCACUUAUCUUUCCAAGAACAAAAUGGCCCUGCUGAGGCACUUGUGAUCCUAGAACCCCAUGCAUCCCAAGGCACUUUCUCUGAAGCCCCACUCCCAGGACCACUCAUGGAGCCGUCUAGCCUCUUUUGGAGCCCAGGUGCUGAGCAGGGGCUGCCUGCAACAAGGGUUGAUGAAGGCAACACCAAGGAGCCUGGCACAGAGCAGGACACCCUGAGCAACACUGGGGCCCCUUGCCAUCUCGGCUCAAGUCCCUGGCAUGCUGUCGUGGAGGACGACACAGGUCAGAAAGAAACAUCCACGUCAGGGUGUGACGUAGGGAGCACGCAUGGACAGCUGCCUCCUGUGGUCUCUGCCUUGGUGGCCAGUACCCACGAGCCUUGGCUUGAGCAACCUCCACAGGAUCAAGCGCUGAUGUCCAGUGAUGAGGAGGACAUCUACGCCCACGGGCUCCCCUCCUCCUCCUCAGAGACGAGUGUGACCGAGCUUGGAGCUGGUCGCUCCUUGCAAGACCUGAGCCAGCCAGGAGUGGAUGCCACUGGACUGCUCAAGUCAGAUCAGUUUGCAGAGAGCUGGAUGGGCUACUCUGGGCCUGGCUACGGCAUCCUCAGCUUGGCGGUCUCCGAGAAGUAUAUUUGGUGCCUGGACUACAAAGGCGGCCUGUUCUGCAGCGCAUUGCCGAGUGCCGGGUUGCGCUGGCAGAAGUUUGAAGAUGCUGUCCAGCAGGUGGCGGUCUCCCCUUCAGGAGCCCUUCUCUGGAAGAUUGAACAGAAAUCUAAUCGAGCUUUUGCGUGUGGAAAAGUGACCAUCAAGGGGAAGCGGCACUGGUAUGAAGCCCUGCCCCAGGCAGUGUUUGUGGCCCUGAGUGAUGACACAGCGUGGAUCAUCAGGACGAAUGGAGAUCUGUACCUGCAGACAGGUCUCAGCGUGGAUCGACCCUGUGCCCGCGCUGUCAGGGUCGACUGUCCAUACCCGCUGGCCCAGGUCACAGCUCGCAACAGCGUGGUGUGGGCGCUGACGGAACAGCGGGCCCUCUUGUACCGGGAAGGUGUGAGCAGCUUCUGUCCAGAAGGGGAGCAGUGGACGUGUGACAUCAUCAGUGAAAGGCAAGCGUUGGAACCUGUGUGCAUAACUCUGGGGGAUCAGCAGACCCUCUGGGCCCUGGACACCCACGGAAAGCUGUGGUUCAGAACCGGCAUCACAGCCAAGAGGCCCCAAGGAGAUGAUGACCACUGGUGGCAGGUGAGCAUCACAGACUACGUUGUGUUCGACCAGUGCAGCUUAUUCCAGACCAUCAUCCACGCCACACACUCGGUGGCUACGGUGGCCCAAGCACCUGUAGAGAAGGUGGCAGAUAAACUGCGCAUGGCAUUUUGGUCUCAGCAGCUUCAGUGCCAGCCAAGCCUGCUGGGGGUCAACAACAGUGGUGUGUGGAUCUCCUCAGGCAAGAAUGAAUUCCACGUCGCCAAAGGUAGUCUCGUAGGCACUUACUGGAAGAAUGUCGUUCCCCGCGGGACAGCCUCUGCAGCAAAGUGGGCCUUCGUGCUGGCCUCUGCUGCUCCCGCCAAGGAAGGAAGCUCCCUGUGGCUGUGCCAGAGCAGCAAGGACCUGUGCAGCAUCAGCACCCAGAGCGCACAGUGCCGCCCUUCCACAGUGCAGCUGCCCCCUGACGCCGAGAUGAGAGCCUACGCCGCCUGCCAGGAUGCACUGUGGGCCUUGGACAGCCUUGGCCAGGUCUUUAUCAGGACUCUCUCCAAGAGCUGCCCCACAGGCAUGCACUGGACAAGGCUGGACCUUUCUCAAUUAGGGGCUGUAAAACUGACGAGCCUGGCGUGUGGAAAUCAGCACAUCUGGGCGUGCGAUUCCAGGGGCGGGGUCUACUUCCGCGUAGGAACCCAGCCUCUCAAUCCCAGUCUGAUGCUUCCGGCCUGGAUCAUGAUCGAGCCACCUGUCCAGCCUGCUGGGGUCACCCUGGUCAGCGUCCAUUCCAGCCCCAACGACCAGAUGCUGUGGGCACUCGACAGCCGAUGGAACGUGCACGUCCGCGUGGGCAUCACCGAGGAGAUGCCUGUGGGCACCGACUGGGAGCACGUGCCAGGGCUGCAGGCCUGUCAGCUGGCCCUGAGCACCAGGACCGUGUGGGCCCGCUGUCCAAACGGCGACCUUGCCCGGCGCUAUGGCAUCACAGACAAAAACCCCGCUGGAGACUACUGGAAGAAAAUCCCCGGAAACAUGGCGUGUGUCACAGUGACCUCGUCAGAUGAGCUCUGGGCAGUGGGGCCCCCCGGCUGCCUCCUGCAGCGGCUGACGAAGACAUUCAGCCACUCGCACGGCGCCCAGAAGAGCGGGCAGGCGGCCGCCCCCCACCCCGAGGAGCUGGAGGAGGAGUGGGAGGUCAUCUGAAAGCCCAGGCCACGGGCGCACGCUGUUGAUGGACGUGACUCCUUGACUGCUGUCACGCGUCCGGCCGGGCUGGACAGCCCACGCUUCCUUUCAUCCACGUUUGUCUCCGUCUCCUUCCAGAGCCCACAGCCUUGGCCGAGCGCCCAGAGCUGCGGGUGACCUCUUGCAAGGUCGUCUCCGAGUAGGGCAGUGGCUGCCGCCCAGUUGCAUGCACUCCAGCCUCUGUGUGCUGCACUCCUGUUCUCAUCAGCACGGCUGGGUCCCCUCCGUGGGAGACAGAGUGAGUCAGCCCAGAGCGCACACACAUCCGUGAGCAGCCCCGGGUUAGAGCACUUGGGGACCAGGUCCCCCCUCGCCUCCUGGUCUGUGCGACACGCAGCAGGCAGGGUGGGGAGCGCAGGUGUGCACAUGCGCACACACAUGCACACGCGAUGCCACACCCUUGCUGCCCACCCCAGGCGGCGCUUCCCUCCAGCGAAGGCCAGUGGAUGCUGAUGGGACCCGGAAGUGUGCGUGUGUGUCCGCAGGGUCCACAGGAGCUCAGCCGACGGAGCUGACCAGUCUGGGAUGUUUGCUGGGGGACCAGGCGCAUCCCCAGAGGACACAUCCACUGAUGACUGCCUUGUUUGUUGUUUUACAAACCUUCAUGAGAUACCUCAUUUGAAAUCGGAGCUUACAGAUUUAGAAGAGAAAUGCAUCUGCUGAAAGUUGUGGGGCCUCCUGCCCUCCACGACUCGCCGGGAUGGACAGUGAGCCCGUCCUGUCCUCUGCUGCGGCUUUGGAGCGUGGCCGUGCCCGCGCACCCCCGGCUCGCUGGGGCGUGCCGCCAGCUCCGAGGGCCGCCCACGCCUGCCGCGGGCUUUCGGGCGGCACCUGAGCAGCCUGCCCCCAGUGCCUGCCCCGGCUCCGCCCCUGAGCUGCAGGACUGGCCCGGCCCCGCCUGAGCCACUGCCCUUCCCACAGAGCCCUCCCUGGCAGGCCCCGGCUCAGUGCCCGUGUCCUGCUGACUGUCAGGGAGCCCUGGGCACAGGCGGAGGGCGGCGGCGUGUCCGGAUGGGCUGCCUGCUUCCCAGAGGGGACACGACGCCCCGCGCCCAGGUGGCACCACUUC